AUGCCAGGUCCAGUUACAGUCCCGAGGGUGAAAGCCCCACGGCUGCAAUCUCUAAACAACCCCGCAUCCGUGCCUACCUACACUGCGACCCGCAACAAGCCCUCCGCGAGGCCCAACUUCACCGCGCCUUCUUCCAACGCCAACGCGAAACCCAAGAAAUAUGUCUGCUGCGAUUCGCAGGAGAUCAGCAUCGAGGACGAUGGCUCGACUCUGUGCUACAGCUGCGGUCGAAUCUUCUCUAGUGACAGCAACAUUGUCUCCGAGGUCACCUUUGGUGAAAAUGCAGCUGGUGGUGCCGUUGUUCAAGGUGCCUUUGUCGGAGAGAACCAACGUCACGCCAAUACCAUGGGAGGAACCGCUAGAGGUCUUGGAGGCAUAGCAAGCCGAGAGCAGACCGAGUGGAAGGGAAAGUCUGAGAUUCAGAAGCUCUGCGGAGCCAUGAACAUUAGACUCAAUAUCGAGGAGCAGGCUUUCUCGCUGUACAAGCUUGCCUUGUCUCAUAACUUUGUGCAAGGUCGACGGGUUCGAAACGUGGCAGCUAUUUCCAUAUACCUGGCUUCGCGCAGGCAGCCGGAUAAUACUCUUCUCCUCAUGGACCUCUCGGAGAAGAUCCAAGUCAACGUCUGGAAGCUCGGAGACACGUACAAGCAAUUCCUGCAGACAAUCAUGAUGGAGGAUCCCGAAAACGUCCAGGGCAUGGUCACCAUCCAGCAGAUCGAACCAUUGAUGCUGAAGUUCUGUCGUAAACUUGAGUUUGAGGAAGCAGCCUACCGCGUCGCCGAAGAUGCUUGCAAGAUCUUGAGACGAAUGAAGCGAGAUUGGAUGGUUCAGGGUCGUCAACCCGCCGGUCUUUGCGGGGCUUGCAUCAUCCUGGCUGCGAGAAUGAACAACUACCGUCGAACCGUUCGUGAGGUAGUCUAUGUUGUCAAGGUGGCCGACUCGACGAUCAACCAGCGACUCUACGAAUUCAAGCAGACUAAGAGUUCUCAGCUGACUGUGAACCAGUUCAGAGAGUUUGGGCUACGGGUCAAGGAUGAGAUUAUGCCACCCUCUAUCUGGCGCCGUGAGCAGAAAGAAGAGAGAAAACGCAAGAAGCUUCGGCAAGCAUCGGGUGAAGAUGAGGGUUCCGACGGCGACGAUGACAUCGACUACAGCGGAGUCGAGGACGCAGCCGGAGGAUCGGAACCACAAAGGCGUAGCACGCGCAAGAAACGCAAGACCCCAAACAAUAGCGCCGAGUCAACUGGAGACAGUGAAGCAUCGUCUUCUCGAGAACCUCGAAGAGACGAGGACGGAUUCGUCAUUCCAGACGUGCCGGGUGAUGCAGACUUGCUGGAAUUAGAAGACAUCGCGGACGCAGUGGAACAUGACGAGGAGAUUGAGCCCCUUCCCUUGAAGAAGAGACGCGGCCGACCGCCGAAGAAACGCGAGCCCAUCAUCAUUCCUGACGAGGAUCUCGAAAUAGAGGCGGAUCUCGAAGAAGAAGUAUCCCAGAGCUUGGUCGAAUGGGACAAAAUCUUUAAGGUCUUCAAAGACAACGAAGCCCAUCCGAUCCUUGUCGCCGCUGGCGCGAAAGCCACCGCCAUUGCGUCUGAACACAGGCCAGACAAUAACAUCCCCGAGACCGAAGACAUCGAAGAGGACGAGUUCGAGCACGAUGAAGAAGUUAUGAAUUGCCUCAAUACUCCCGACGAAAUACGCAUCAAGGAACGUCUUUGGGUCGCGGAGAACGAAGACUGGCUCCGCGAACAACAGCGCAAGAACCUCGCCAAAGAACUCGAAGAAGUGCAGAACAAAGGCCAGAAGCAGAAGCAGAAACGUCGACACCGCCAGAUGGGCGAUGGUAGUCUGCUCCAAGGCAGGCAGGUAUCUGGUCCUGCCGAGGCAGCAACACUCAUGAUGCAGGAGCGCGCCAAGGGCAGCAAAUUCUCCCAGCACAUAGACUAUGCAGCGCUCUUGAACCUCGUCGGUAAGAAUGGCGAGGAGACACCAGGUGCAGCAGCGAACGUUACUGGUGCAAGCCCAGCAGCUUCAUCCGGCUCGGAGCGCCAAAAACCCGAUUUGUCGGCGCAGCAACAACAACCAGAACCUGCUGCCGGUGCUGCAUACAACGAGGCCCACGGCGAACAAGAAGAGUACGAAGAGGACUACAACGACCAGUACGACGAGGAGGGCAACUUCAUCGAUCCCGGCCAUUACGAGGAGGACGAGUACAACUACGACGACGACUUUUAA